UUGACGGGUGAAGGUCACGAGGAGAUUUACGUUUGCCGCCCACGGAAUAUUAAUCAAAAGAUUGGAGCUUCUUAUCUUUCUGGCUGUAAGGUAGAGGUCGGACUGCAUGCAAACAUGCGGUAACUGUAUUUCAUCUUGGAUAUCUACCGAUAGGUGCAGUGUGAAUUGAGAUAAUUUGAUAAUAAACAGCCGAUGUCAUAGACGGGGGUUGUUUGGAAAAGGAAACUGAGAGCUUCCAUGUCAGCGCUUCGUUUAAUUUAUCUUAGAACGUUCACUUGAUGUAACAGCCUGUAUUUUGUUUCCUAGAACAGUUGUAUUGAGAAUAAUGCUGUCUGUGUCUCGUGGUGGAAGUGACGUAAGAUAAACACCAAUUGUUGCAAGAUCGAAAAACGACACCAUCAAGUUAAAGGAAGAAAAAAUCCAGGGUUCGAAAAAGCGACAGUCGGCUUGUUUUGAUCACAGACAAUGGCAGGCGACGGUCAAAGCAGAUGCAGUCGUUUCAAGGAAUGGCUGAAGAGUCCAGCUUUCAUGGUAUACUUUAGUCACACACUGUCAGCGUGGGGAGAUCGCAUGUGGAGUUUUGCAGUCGGUCUUUUCUUGGUCCAGCUUUCAGAGGAUCUCCGCCUGGUGGCAGUGUAUGGAUUUACACGAGGAGGAUCUAUUCUUCUGUUUGGAGCUGUUAUUGGAGACUGGAUAGACAGGAAUAUGAGGCUCAGAGCUGUGCGCAUCUCCCUCUUCAUCCAAAACACUGCCGUUAUUUUAUCUGCCAUCUUACUAUGUAUCAUGUUCACAUUAGAGUCUCACAUCAUGAAGACAUGGGAGGGCGGACUGUUCACUCUGUUUGCCAUUCUGGUCAUCGUCAUAGCGGACAUUGCAGCGCUGGCCAGCGUAGCCACCAAGAUCUGUGUGGAGAGAGACUGGGUAGUUGUCAUGUGUCAGGGUAACAAGGGCAAGCUGGCAAGUCUCAAUGCCACAGUGAGAAGAAUCGACCUAACGACCGCCAUCUUGGCUCCAGCAGCGGUGGGUCAGAUAAUGACAUACUCCGAGACUGGCACGCUGCCUGCACACGUCGUUGGCGCUAUUUUUAUCGCAUGUUGGAAUGUGGUGUCCAUGUUCCUGGAGUACGGGCUGCUGUACAGUGUGUACAGAAAGGUACCAGAGCUGGCCGUGAAGAGAGUAAAAGGAGAACCAGAGGCUGUGGAGAACAAACUCACCACACCAGAAAAGCCCACAGAGAUGGAGCCAGACCUUGCUGGGGAGUUAGAGACAGAUAAUGAGCUGAAUAAGUCAGAGGAGGAGGCCACAGAGGAGAAAAUGCUGCCUAAAGUGGAGAAGAGUGAAGACCAGGAGAAGGUGGAGAUGGCUGAUGAGGAGGAGUACAAGUCCCCGUACUCGGCCACCACAGCUGCAGACGAGGAACUGGACAAGAGUUGUUUCCAGUUGAUGUUCUCCAAGUUCAUCGUUCUCUUCACUGGCUGGGGCAUCUACAUGAGACAGUCUGUGAUGUUAGCAGGACUCGGGUUGGCAUUUCUCUACAUGACUGUCCUGGGCUUUGAUAACGUUACCGUGGGUUAUGCCUUCUCACAAGGUUACACUGAGUCCAUUCUGGGAAUCUGCAUGGCGAUUGGCUCCUUGAUGGGAAUCCUGGGAACUGUGGGAUUUACCUUCCUUCGCAAACGGAUUGGAGUUGAGCGCACGGGCCUGUUUGGGUUCAGCCUGGAAAUCUCUUGCCUGACGCUGUGCGUAGUCUCCAUUUGGACCCCUGGCAGUCCAUUUAUUGGCUAUCACGACACAUCCCAAAAGUAUACAAUAACGACGUGCGAGCUGAAGCCACCUCAGGGUAAUGCCACAGUGCUGCCCCCUAUUGUUGUGAGUGGCAUUGUUCCGGUAUUACCAACUUCACCAGAAAACAAUACAGAUUUUGGACGACGACGACGUCGCUCAGUUCCCUUUGAUUCCCAACAUCAAUACUCAUACUUCAUAAAUGAUGACUUUUCUACAGCUGGGAUGCUUCAGCCAAUCAGAAUGGAGAAUAUAAUCAGUUUCCAUGACAACCAAGAUGUUAGUGUCCAUGGAAACAGUCAUGUUAUUGUAAAAAGACAAGCUAAUAAUGUAUCUCUAGCAACCACCCCCGAGGGGUCUGUGGAUGACUCGCCACCCUCCGUGCUGGCUCUUCCUUUUGAUGCCUCUUAUAACUUUUCAAAUGCCAGCAACGAGGCAGGAACAUUUGACAACGCCACCCACACUUGUAAGACUGAAGUCAAAGGUUCUCUAAUAUCUGUCUCUCUCUUCAUAGCUGGGAUCAUCACUGGCAGGUUUGGCCUCUGGAUGGCUGACCUGUCCGUGACACAGCUGAUCCAAGAGAACGUCGCGGAACAGGAGCGCGGCGUAGUCAACGGUGUCCAGAGCUCACUGAACAUGUUGCUGGACAUGGUGAAAUUUUUACUGGUGAUUGUCGCUCCUCGCCCAGAUACUUUUGCCAUCUUGAUUAUUUUGUCCUUCAGCUUCGUUUGCUGUGGAGGAGUGUUUUAUGCCCUGUACUCGAGAAAAAUUCGCGGUCAUCUAUUCCAUUUUGAGAAGUGCGUGUGUUGCAGGGCGGGUCCUCGGACGCCGAAGAAGGAUCACACGAGUUUGGCGGUCAUCACAGCAGAAACGCCAAAUGCUAGUACAAGUACUGUGGUGACAUAAUGUUACGAGUCAUGGCUAUGUUUAACAUUUGGAGAUAGAACCCGAAAAAAAGGUUGAUAUGGAACUGUCCAUUGGUAUUUUAAUAGUUGCCAGGCACACAGCAACAAGAUUCAAAUAAGAAAUAUGCUGUUGGCUGCCAAUUACUUCUCUUCAAAGAGUUGUGACCACUUUGUGUUGCAAAAAUGCAGUGUAACAUUUUAGAUAUUAACAACAAACUGCAUUUACUUGGACACUUAUUAAAAGAUAUAUAGGCUUGGUGUUGUACUGCAUUUUUAAUUCUGUUUUAUCCGAGAAAAAAAUAUUGUAUUGUCAGUUUUUCAUUUGUUGUAUUGUGAAUAAAAAUAAGGCAAAGGUUAGGGGUAAGUGCAUCCUAUUUGAGGCUUUUCUUGCCAGAGAGUGCCACCUAUUGAACACUGCCAUGACAACAGUCAUAUCUGUUUUACAAAAAAGGAAAAAAGUUAAAGAAGCUGGCUUCUCUCAGCUGGCCCAAUAUCAUUAUUAUCAUUAUCAAUAUCUUUGACAAGGUUUUAAAGGCACAAUUGAUUAUUAAAUAAUUGAUUUAUUUUGGCCAUUUUAUUGUGGAUAAAUACUUUAUAUUUUUGGUGAAGGUAAGAAAUGAAACAUAUGACAGCGCACUUUUCCAAUGCAUCAAUUUCUUAAUUGUGAAAUGGCUUUACCAGCUGACAAUAACAGACACCCAGGUGUGGACUACACUAUAAUUUUGCUUUUUCCCCCAAAGAAAUCCCCUGUAUUAACUAUAGUUUAAGCCAUUUGCCUAGUAUUAGUAUUGUUACGUAUUUAUACAGAACAUUCUUUAUGUGUUAAGAAUGUGAUGAUGGAAUUUUAGUUCCCAUAGUAUUUUUGGAAUGAACAGUUUAACCAAAGGCCCUGACUGAGACAGGAGACAGUAGAGCAAUAGUUUGAUCGAGUUUGUGCAGUGAUUUUCAAUUGUGGACAGUAGAUAGGACUUGUUACUUGCAUGGAAUUGAGAAAAUGAGUUUUUAUCGUUAAGUUUUAACGGCUCUCUUUGUAAUUUAGAGCCAUUUGUUUUACAAUAUUUUAAUGAUAGUGGUUUAGAUUGCAUGUUGAGAGAAAGUCUCAGAUCAUCGUGAUAAGUAAAUAUUGUAAUCAAGUCAUGGUAUGUCAAAUGAUCAUUGUGAUAAAGAGGGAACAUGCUAUCUGAUAUUUUUCUAAUUUCAUAGUGUUGUUUUAUUACAAAGAUUAUUCCAUUUCUGCUACUGGAGGGAGGAAAAUGGAAGUUAUUUUACACAACUUUGACACGGAUUAGAUCUUGAUCAUUCAACCAAGAGAUAAAUUUUUUUAGACAGUGUAGUGUGCUUUCAAAUAUUGAACUCUACUUCCUCAUGCACAUGGAUAAUCUUGUAUUCAAUGUCAGGAAGAUGUUCAAUCAUAAUUGUGAUGUAAAUUCUGUCCAUUAGAUUAAGGCAUAUCACAAUUUCUUCUCUAACAUUCUCUCACCUUGGGCAACUUCCAAGUGUUCCUUGCUUUUCAGUAAAAUUUGUUACAUUGCUUAUUAAUAAAAGUUGCAAUAAUAAAGUAUAUUGUACUAAA